GAUAUAUAGGAUAUAGACAAAUUAUAUGAUCUACCUAAUUUGCUGCGUGAGACGUUCCCCUAGCUCUGUACUUGAAUAUUUACUGUAAGUAAUUGUUGCCGAUAAGUUUUGAAAUAUUAUUAUUUUGAAGGACUAAAAAUUGACAGUGAACCAGGUUUAUUGUGUUGAUUGUAUAUUUCAUGUUGACCAAGAGGAAUUUUAUAUAUCAGGGCAUGACACCACACAUAAGCCUUAGCUCUAGUGAUUCAUGUAGCCGAGCGCACUAAAGUAUACUUAUUGUGGUUUGACUGGAAUGAUGUUACACACUCAACACGAGUAAACCGCUUCAGUAAUUCAUACUACAGGCUAAACGCUGUACGUGAUUGAUGAUUUUGCCGUAAUUCUUCGCUUUUGUUCAUUAAAACACAACGCUUUUCAAGGUAUGGAGGUUAUUCCUUUUCAGCUAAAAAAAAUAGAUGAUUUUCAUCUUAUAAGACGUACUUAUGGGAGUGACCUUUAGUCGAGGAUCGUUUUUUUAUCCCGCUAUAUUAAAGUGAGAGGGAAAAACUAUGUCUUUACGGAACGAUUUACAACGACGAUAAGGGACUUGGAGUUGGUUAAUUUUGUUUGUGCGGAAUAUUUGGUGAUAUUAGCAUUGCAAGGCUCAUAUGCAGUGACAUUUUUUUUUGAGUGCGUGUGGGAGCCAACAUUAAUAUAUAGGUAAUUAAUGUGGAAUUCGUCACAAUAAUGCCUGUUGGUUCUCAUAUAAACGUUUUUACCGUUGUGCGAUGGGACAAAUUUCAAGUUCUCCGCAAUUUGAGGCACCUUGCAACUCUGGGUGUUUGUCGAACGACACAAAGAGGCGUCUUACUCCGGGGACAACGUCUAGAGGUUUAAUAUCAAUUGUCUUACGCAUACCAAAGCUAUUGGCCAGGAGGUGAGGGGUGUAUGGAAGAUGCACUCCUUAGUGUUCGGGGAGGAUCGAAGGACGGACAAGGCAUCUUGCGAUGUGAUAAUUUUCAAACCACUUCGAUGAAUACGUAAGGGCUGCAAUUUGCAACGAGUCACAGUUUUGAACGGUGAGAAGGGGAUGCACCAACUUGUCAGGAAUAUAAAUUAGAUGGAAAACCACAUACAUCCACAGACUUAUUGGCUCACAAGAUAUUAUUUUUUCUGGUAGCUUACCCAACAAAAAUACAUCUUUUAGAGUGCAAUCAUACUGUUCUCUGUGAUAUUACUUCUUCCUAUUCCUCAAGAACAACGUCUAAACAAACCUAUAUGAUUUUCAAAAAAUCUCCUUACUAUUGCCUUUUUGGCUGUUCCAAAAAGGUGACUUGACAAUAUUUACCAAUUGUACACUCAAAGUCUGUGCGAUUUGGUGGUCCCUAGACUUCUAACCCUUUCGUCAUGUGUUGCUGAAACAUAGUCCAUAAUGUUUUCGCAUAGUCAAGUCAUGGUAUCUUUGGAAGGACGCGCGACUCUGAGGGUAAGAAACGGAAAGAGUCCAACACCAGCUAUGCCUUUGCUCUCAUUCUUUUUCUAGCAAGGUUUAGAGAAAAGUCUCAACGUAAAAGGAAUUUAUCAGUCCAACCAUAUCAUCUAUUAGUACAAGCUGCAUUAUUGCUCCAGGAUCCUCUACAUUCCUUCGCACGCGUGUGUGCACUUUUUUACCUGUAGUUGGCAUUAACAGGCGAAAGUUCAUCUUACUAUGAUGCGAAGGCUUGCCUGUAGUCCCCUCCGUGGUAAUCGGAUAGGCAAGGCGCUCGCGAAACCUAACCCAAGCGCCGUCGUUGAGGCGCGACGACAUUUGGAGCCGAUGAGUGUCUGGUAUCUGGCCUCUUGGACCUGUUGCUGGUGGUAUUGUUUUUUCUUUUGGUUCCCUGUGCUGUGGGUGGAUAUAUUUAUGCCUUCGUUUGUAUAUAACAAGCUCCCUUUAAUCCAUUUCAUUCAGGAGAAGCGUUCGGAGCAGAAGCUGCGACGGGUUUUAGAUGAGACCUACACUGAAUGGACUACUGAAAUCGAUUCAUCAGCCCUAACAGAAGCUAUUUCUCGUACAUUCUAG